CAAGCGGCGGCUAGCAGAAUAUAUUUUUUGUUUACAAGUAAUUUUCAAGAGUACAUGUAGUAAGAUGACUUACAAUGACGAUGUAUUUCUGCAUUUGAUUGUAUUUGUCAAAUAAGCACUCGUGUAAACUUAAAAGGACCUGUCGUUGGUUUUAAUGCGAUGUUCUAUUGAAAGCAAAAUUGGCGAGCCCAGUCAUGUUUCGGAAGGCAUGGGUUAUCCAGUACGGGUAAUUUAAAUAUAAACAAUAGCCCUUGCUUCCUGCCAAAAUGAUAUUUCAUGAUUUGAAAGAUGUCCAAUUAGACAAUAUUAUUUCAUUUGGUGACCAUGGAGGACUGUGAACCACAGGAAUUGUUAAUGCACAAUGUUCAGGACCUUAGAAAACGGUUACUGGACACUGAAAGAAAUUUGAAGAAACUGUCAAAAAUUGACCAGCGGGGGAAUUAUGACGACUCUGACCUAGAAUCUAUAUCAACAUUAAAUAGUGUGGCUGCCACAGACCGAUUUGUAGUUACAAUGGAUGAUCUGAUGAGAAAUCCCCUGCAUCAUGAUAUUUCUUGUGACAAAGACAGCAUUAAGUCUGGACUGGCCACUCUCCCCGAAUCAUCUUAUGCUGGGUUUGAGAGAUUAAAGCAUGCUUCUAGCACACCAAAUAAACCGCAGACAUUCAGUCGACUCGACCGUCAUGAGAGGGUGCAGUUGAUGGAGAGGGGCUCACAACAGGAGUCCGGAGAAAUCCGCUACUUAAAGGAGGCCAACAAAAAACUGCUGCAACAAAACCAUAAACUGCUGGGAGAGAUGGAGAAAUGUAGCCAAGAGCUGAAUGCUGCCAGAUCAAAGGUGCUGGAAUUAAGUACAGAGUUAGACGACUACCGACAGAGUGUACCAGACUUGGAGGAUAAAAUUGUUGGACUGCGAGCGGAAACAGAAUCACAGGACAAAGCCCUGAGAGAGGCCGAGGAACGUUACGAGAAAAUACAGCGACAGAAUGCCGACUAUCAACUACAGAUCAAACAGAAUGAACUGGAAAUAGAAGAGCUCCAAACAGACUUAAAAGAUGAAAAGAAAAAGAGAAAGGGGGCUGAGGUUCAGAGGGAUGAGGCUCUACAGAACUUCAUAGAGGCCCAGGAGACUCUGGAGGAUUACCAAAGGAAAGCUAAAGAUAAAACCAAAAAGUUGGAGAACAAUGAGGAUUACCUGAGAGACAGUCUGGGUGAGGCUAACCAGGAACGGGAGGAUCUACUGGAGCGGAUCUCACUUCUUCAGGCCAAAAUUAAAAGUCAGAAUGAGGAAAUUAGGAGAUUACAGCUUUUGGAGGACAUGGAACUGGAUAGCCGGAGGGAGUUAGAGAAACAGAAUACAGAACUAAAAUCCUCACUGAACAAAAACACCUCCAAACUUAGCAGGCUUGAGGCAGAUUCUUUGAAGAUGACAAGCCUAGAGAGAGAGAAUGCUCGACUUCAGAGUCAAGUGGACCGCCAGAGGGAACAGUUAUCAGUGUGUCAACAGGAAAUAGAGGAGAGUAGGACCAUGUUGUCACAACUCGAACAACUCGCCCAGCAAGUCCAGAACCAAAGCAAGUCUCAGAGUAGAGGAGCCAGCUUUAAUGACAGCGGUGUGUACAGUGUGAGUGUGCGAGCUGUCUCAGACUCAUCUAAAGGUCAGUCACAUGACAUGGGGUCAUCCACGUUCUACAGGUCAGGAGGGGCAGAGUAUGGAGCAAGUGAGCAGGCCUCGGCAGCCUCAGGAGGGGCCAGGGCAAUAUUACAGGACUUAAGGAUGCAGCUGGCGAUGAAGGAUGCGGAGAUCCAGCGUCUACAGUCAUGUCUACAGUCCCAGGAGGCCAGUAGUCAGACGGUACUUAUAGAGAGUCUACGGAUGGAACUGACCAGCAUGCUGGAGAGCAAACAUCAAGGUGCUCAUAAAGCCCAGGAGCUGGAGAUGCUAGUUUCCCAGUACGAAGUGGACAAGUCCAGGAUGGCCGGUGAGAUUUCUGAGUUAAAGAGAGAGUUGGGAGAGAGAGAAUCUCAGAACACAUCGUUUGAGACCAGAAUUACUCAGAGAAACUCUCAGCUCAUUGAGCUUCAGGAACAGAUUAACCACAAGUGUACCGAGAUUAGCAAUCUGGAAAGGGAGGUCAGAAAGAAGUCAUCUCAGAUCAAUCAACUAGAAGAACAACUGGAUGAAAAGUCGGCCGAGUUUUCCACUUGUGUGUCCCGAGUCAAACAGCUGGAGCAUGACGUUACCUUUAGAGAUGAGGAGAUCACCAGGAUACAGGUCGAACUGAAAGAGAAACAACAAACACUUCAACAGCUCCGCAGUAGUACAGAGAAAAACCAACAGCUCCACCAGGAACAGUGUAGGGAUUACGAGAAGCAGAUCGACAUGAUCCAAAAGGAACUUGAAAAUAAAUCAUCAGUUUAUGAAGAAAAUUCAAGUCAUCUGUCACAUUAUAAAAGGGAAUUGGAAGAAAGGAACUCACAAGUGAAGAAAUUACAGAAAGAACUCAACAAAACAAAGGAGGAACUGGAAUUACAAACCCAGCAGAGUCAGUUUUCCCUUCGUCAGUUGGAGGCUCAGGCCAGUGAGGGGACAUCUCAGAUGAGACAGCUAGAGAUGGCCCUACUUCAGUGUAAAGAAGAGGUCAAGACUUAUCUCGGGGCCCUGGAAGAAUCUCGAGAUAAAUACGACAGAGACAUCAGACACAAGGAAGAAAUGGUGAAUAAAAUGGAGAGGCACAUAAAGCAAAUUCAAAAGGCUUUGGAAGACAAGUACCAAGAAAAUAUUGAGCUGGAGAAAACAGUGUUUGAGCACCAGACCAUGCUGCAGCAGAGUACCACCAGAAUUACUGAGUUGGAGGACGUCCAAUCAGAACUAGGGAAACAGGUUUCUCAACUGGAACAUCAGCUGUUAACUCAGAAAGCUCAGGCCAUGACUGAGACUCAGAUGGCAGAGAAAAAACUCAAACAGGCUUGUGAAGAUCUCGAGCACAGGACGGUGACCAUUAACAAACUCACUGAUGCUCUCAGAGAAUUAGAGGUGGAGAAAAAGAACAUGAAUGAAGAAAUCAACAUGUUGGAGCAGCAACUUCAGGACGAACAGGAGAACAACGACGAGAAGGUCAAGAGGAUGUCUAAACUAGAGAAGGACAUUAGAGAUCUCAGGGUGCAGCUGGAGCAGAAAAUAGAGAUAGUGAAUGAUUAUGAAGAUCAAAUUCAAAAGAAAACAGAGGACAUGGAUCAGCAAACACAGUUGGUCAGUGACCUUGACAGUGAGGUCAAAAGGUUACAGGUGGCUCAGAAACAAGCUAUAGAGCAGAGUGAGGACACGGAGAAGAAACUUCAGCGGGUGAUUCAGGAGGACCGAGCCAAGGAGGAGAUAAUUGAGGACAUGAAGGACACUCUCAGGAAAACUCAGGAAGAGCUGAAUGAAAAGAGACAUGAGGCUUUCAAACUUUCAGAAGCUUUGGAGGACAGGCAGAUGGAACUUCAUCAAAGAACAUCCCAGGUGAAUGAACUUAGCAUGACUGUUAAGGAACAGCACACUGAGAUGAAGCAGAGAAUUAUUACAUUAGAAGGUUCACUGAAGAAGUAUGAACUGGAAAUAGAGGAAAGAACAAAACAGGAUGACCUGGUUUCUAAGUUGGAAGAUGAUCUUGACAGUGUCAAAACUGCUAUUAUAUUGAUAGCUGAGCUGGAUGACAAGCUCCAGCAGACUCAGGCCAAGCUGUCCGAGAUGACCCUCCAGUACCAGCACGCUGACCAGCUGUGUAAGAAACAGAACCUAGAGCUUCAGUCAAAGACAGCCAAACUACAGGAGCUAGAAAAGGCAGUUGACAGACAGCACAUGAAACUGGAGGAACAGAAAGAUGAGAAUGUAGAAGUCACUCAGGAGCUCAGACUCACAAGAGAGCAGUUACAGCAGCAGCACACAGAAUUUAUGUCAACAAGACGUCAGCUGGCUCAAGUAAACCGUGAAAAUGAACGCCUCACACGAGAGAUGGAGGAGAUUAACUUAGUCAGACAGACAAGAGAGACAGAUACGGCUCGCCUAGAGGAAGAACUUGGGGCCACAAAAGCUCGCGAGAUACAGGCCGAGACUAAACUGAACGCUGAGAUCAGACUCAGGAAUGAAGAGAUGGAAAGAGUCAGAGAGGAGCAUCAAGUUCUGGUGGACGAAUUGCAGCGCUCUAUCAGUCACCUGAGUGAAGACAAGGAGAAGAUGGAGAGAGAGCUGGAGAAGAAGAUGAUUCAGAUAAAGGAGCUGGAGAUCCAUUACCAGGCUCAGUUUGACCUCCUACAGAAGGAGCUAGAGAAUAUACAGGGGGAGAUGAUAGCCAAGAAAGAGCUGGCCACGGUGGCUAACGAAUCUCUGAUUCUGAAGGAUUCUGAAAUAACCAGGUUAAGGACUAAAAUCUCAGGACUGGAAAGGACAAUAGCUUCUAUGAACAUGUCCAAUAAUUACGAAUCUGUGUAUCAGAGUUCAGUGCUUGGUGCAGAGGUUGUGAAGCGUCGACAUGGGUCAGAAAAUACCAGUGAGGUGGAUUCUCAGGAAUCGCGCAGUGCUCCUGUCUCCCCCGCCGCCAGGAGGAAAAUUCUGAAGGAGCCAUUUUCCACUGCAGGAAAGCUCCAUGGAGAAUUUCAUGAACCUGAAGACGAAAGUGCCCUCUACGUGUUGCCAGUGGCAAAAGAUAGCAAGUCUGCCGAAUCAAAACGAAAUCAACAGGUCCAUUUUAAAGAUGGAGACAUUGAUGAAUUCGAUGAAGUGUUAAACGAAGAGGAAGAGAAGUGGAGGAAAUCGAAUCUUAUGAAGAACAGUGCUGUGUGUAAAGGUCUGCUGAGGAGUAAAGGUGUGCCCCGUGCUAGUGAGAAAAUGAAUGCCAAAGACUUCCGUAAUCUGGCUGCCCAGAGAGGCAGAGGAAGAAGGUCGGAUCAUUUGCCUGGAGAAUUUGAAAUAGAGCCAAUGACAGCUGUAAGGAUGUACAAGAGUCCACAGUACUCAGAUCAAGCUAGAACUGACACAGAUCCUGCUCAAGGGAUCUAUGAACUUCAGGAAAGAUUAAGAGCUAAUGAACUCAGACAACAGCUGAUUGAUCAACAAUUAAAAAACAUUGACGAAGGUGCUAUUUGUUCCUAGUAGAGACUAUAGAUCCUAGAUAACUCUUAUUACCAAAGAUAUUUCAUCAUAAUUACAAGGUGCCUUCAUGCAUUUACUGUGGCUACAUUCUUGGCAUUUGAAGUGAAAUUUGCUUUGGAUUGAUCAUUGAAGGUAAUGGGCAAGAAAUACUGUGUGUAAUGAAAUAUCGGUUGUACUUUUAUGCUGUUUAUCAAACCAUAUAUCGAAAUCCAGUAAUGUAUAUGUAUUGAUAGUACAUAUGAAUGCAACUGAUAGUAAAUAUUGUCUUGUUCAAAGAAUCUGUGAUGCAACAUUAAAGUUUGUCAUACUUAAGAGUAAGAACACUUAGAUCUGUAGUUUUGGUGCACAUUUUUCAUUCUGAGACAUUGAGAUCUGAUGACCAAUAUUUAUUUUUUAUUUUAUAUCUGUUAGACUGUUUGUCCAUGUAUGUACUAUUACAUAGUGUUCUAUAUUGUUGAUACGUGUAUGUAUGAAUUUUUAAAGAACCAAAAUACAGAUGAUUUUACAACAACACUAUUGUG